AUGGACGACUCAUCACUACAGCCGUCCUCUCCCGAAAUCUCGAAAUCACCCGAAGAGUUGGACACAGAGUCUACUUCACCCACACCUCAAUCGCCGACCAGACCUCCAUCACUGAGUUCGCAGACCGCAGGAAUGGCGUCUUCGAUAAGUCCCUCCUCCGCCGCGCUGGGCCCAACCAACGCAGCUAGAAGACCCGGCCCACCACCAACUCGUGCGAGCGGGCUGAACUCAGAUAUACAAGCAAAAAUGAAGGCUUUCUCAUUGUCUCGGCAAGGUGCUCCAAGGGCGCCGGCAGGAGGCUUUACUGGCCAACAACCAGGUGGAGGCUUUGCUGGCGGCGCUUUGGCUGGAGGUCCUCCGUCCUCGCCCAAUUCUGCCGCUGCCAACCUCAGAUUACCCCCCGGCAUGCAGCGUCCUGGCCCGCCCAGUUUCGGUGCGUCACCGUCUGCCGGUGGCGGCAGUCCAAGAAUGAUGAGCCCGCGACCCGGUGCGCCCAUGGGCGGACUGGCCGCGAAGCGAGGGCUUAAGCCUGGAGGUAUGAAGCUAUCGGAUGCUCACAAACCUGCCCCUGCUGGUCAGGAGGAGGACAAGGAUCAGACAGGCUCACAGUUCAACAAAUUCUCUAACAUCAUCGACACGAAGACGGGCACCCUCAACUUCCAGAACAAGGCGGUCAUCCAUGGAAGUGGCAUUGAUUUCGCUGGUGGCAGUACAUUUUCGAUAUCGUUGGAUGAAGUUGAUACUCUUGCGGAGCUGGGCAAGGGCAAUUAUGGCACAGUUUUCAAGGUCAGGCACGCCCGCCCCAAGAUGAGGCGACCUGGUCUAGGGCUUCGAGGGAACAUGAUACGGCAAUCUUCGGCCUCGAUCGCCAAGGACGACGAGGACACGGACUCGCAGGCUGACACCAAAGGCACGAGCGGUCUUGUCAUGGCGAUGAAGGAAAUCCGGCUUGAGCUGGAAGACUCGAAAUUCGCUGCCAUCAUUAUGGAGCUGGACAUUCUCCACCGUUGCGUAUCACCUUUCAUCAUCGAUUUCUACGGCGCAUUUUUUCAAGAAGGGUCAGUAUACAUCUGUAUCGAAUACAUGGAUGGUGGCUCCAUCGACAAGCUGUACGGCGAUGGGGUUCCUGAAGGCGUUCUCAAGAAGAUCACGUUGUCUACGGUUAUGGGUCUCAAAUGCUUGAAAGACGAUCACAACAUCAUUCACCGCGACGUGAAACCAACCAACAUCCUGGUCAACACUCGUGGACAGGUCAAGAUCUGCGACUUUGGUGUCAGUGGAAAUCUUGUGGCUUCGAUAGCCAAGACCAAUAUCGGCUGUCAGAGUUACAUGGCUCCCGAACGAAUUUCAGGGGGUGGCAUGGCUCAAGUGGGAGCUGGUGGUGGCACAUACAGCGUGCAGUCCGAUAUCUGGUCACUCGGACUCACCAUCAUCGAAAUGGCACUUGGCCGAUACCCCUAUCCGCCCGAAACCUACGACAAUAUAUUCAGUCAGCUAAGUGCCAUUGUAGAUGGUGACCCCCCUGAUCUACCCGCUGAUCAGUUCUCCGAGGCUGCCAUUGACUUCGUUCGAGGUUGUCUCAACAAAAUCCCUAGGCUCAGGCCGAAUUAUGCAAUGCUUCUUCGACAUGCUUGGCUGGCACCGUUGUUGAAGCCACCCACGAUCACCGAGGACGAGGAAGGUGAACAAGCCGCAGAGGCAGGUCUUUCGUCAGUCUUUACGAACGGCUCGGCACCAGAUACAGCCGACAGGGAAGUGGCGGAGUGGGUCAAAGCAGCCCUCGAGAAGAAAGCCGCCGGCAAAUUGGCGUCGCAUAAGAAGCCCGCCCUCCACGAAGCUCCGCUGGAUGCUGUCCCUGGGAGCCCUCUCCUUACCCAUGAUGGGGCGGGGCCGCUAGCUUCAGACUCGAACGUCGCUGAUAUCAAGGCCAAUGUUGGUGUCAGGCUGGAGUCGCGCGACUUGCUAGCAGCAAAGGUGCAGGGUGUAGACUUUGCUUCCUCAUGA